GGAGUCCUAAUCCGUGCCGGGCUGACAGCUCGGCCUAGCUCCAGUAAUAUGAAGGCUGUACCAUCUGAUAGGACAUUUACCAUCGGAAAGGAAUAUCUCUCGUCCCAUCGCUUCCUCAAACUGGUUUUAUUUUAGGUUGGAAAGGAGUGUCCAGUCUGACCCAGAAUGUCCUUCUGCGUUCCCCGGGACACUUAAGGACCUUCUCCCGUCCCCGCCCCCCAAAGAGUAGCCCAGACUAGUGACCCCGGCCUCAGCCUCCAUCACCCCUGGACCCCGCCCCCCCAAGAGAGAGCCCGAGCGAAUAGAGCCACACCUUCGGAGGAGCAUGACAUCAUAGCGUCCUCCAUCUCGAAGCAUCUCCCGUGCACCACGAGCCAGGGGCCGCCAGCUGACACCCCCUGACCAUGGAGGACCCGUACCAGAACAACGUGACCCAGCCGCAGGGGGGCGACGGAGGCCAGUUCACCUACCCCCCCCAGGAGGGCAGCGGGCCCGACGGCUACCCCUACCAGACGGACUUCCCCGCCAAGGACGAGGAGGACGCGGCCAGCGACGCCACGGAGGGCCACGACGAGGGCGAGCAGAUGUACGAGGGCGAGUACCAGGGCAUCCCCCACCCCGACGAGAUCAAGGAGGCGCGCCGUGCCGCCCGCAUGGAGGCCCGCCGGAAGGCGCGGCAGGAGGCGCAGCUCGAGGACGAGGACGACCUGCCCGACCAGUACGAGAACAUCAUGGAGGACUGCGGCCACGGGCGCUUCCAGUGGACGCUGUUCGCCGUGCUGGGGCUGGCGCUGAUGGCGGACGGCGUGGACAGCUACGUGGUGGGCUUCGUGCUGCCCAGCGCCGAGAAGGACAUGUGCAUCACCAACGCCGACAAGGGCAUGCUGGGUCUGCUGGUGUACGUUGCCAUGCUGGCCGGGGCGCUGGUGUGGGGGGGGCUGAGUGACAAGCUGGGCCGCAGGAAGGUCCUGAUCUACGUCCUCACCAUCGACAUCGUCUUCAGCUUCCUGUCCUGCUUUGCCCAGGGCUACGGCUUCUUCUUGUUCUUCAGGUUCUGCUCCGGCUUCGGGAUCGGAGGUUCCAUCCCCAUCGUGUACACCUACUUCGCAGAGUUCCUCCAGAUAGAGAAGCGAGGAGAACAUCUCAGCUGGCUCUGCAUGUUCUGGAUGCUGGGGGGGCUGUACGCGUCCUUCACCGCAUGGGGCAUCAUCCCCCACUACGGCUGGGGCUUCGCCAUCGGCACUGAGGUCCAGUUCCACGGCUGGAGGGCCUUUAUCCUGGUCUGUACCUUCCCCGCCAUCGCUGCCCUCGUGGGUGUGAUCUUCAUGCCAGAGAGCCCCCGCUUUCUACUGGAGAACGCCAGGCAUGACGAGGCCUGGAUGAUCCUGAGGAACGUCCACGACACCAACUGGAAGGCGAAAGGGGAGCCAGAGAGAGUCUUCACUGUGACCAACAUCAAGACGCCCCAGACCCAGGAGGACGAGUUCAUUGAGAUCCAGAGCGAGACCGGUACCGCCUUCCAGCGCUGGACCGUCAGACACACCACCCUGCUCCAGCAGGUGAUGUCUAACGUCAUGUCGCUCUCGGCUGCAGAGCUCAGGUUGCAGGGUCUCUUCCUCGUUAUCGUCUGGUUCUGUCUGGCGUUCAGCUACCACGGGCUAGGCGUGUGGUUCCCAGACAUGAUCAAGUACAUGCAGUACGAGGAGUACGAGGCCAAGACGCGCGUGUUCCACAGGGAGCGCGUGGAGCGCUUCCACUUCAACUUCUCUCUGGUCAACCAGAUCCACCGUGAGGGGGAGUACAUCCAUGACAAGUUUGAGGACAUCGAGAUGAAGUCGGUGAAGUUCGAGCACUCCCUGUUUGAGAACUGCUACUUUGAGGACAUCAGGUCCACCAACACCUUCUUUGAGAACUGCACGCUGAAAAACACUGUGUUCUACAACACAGAUCUGUGGGAGGAGAAGUUCAAGGACUGCCGCAUGGAGAACACCACAUUCCUGCACCCCAAAAAGGGCUGCCAUCUCAACUUCCAGGAGGAGAACGACAUCGUCAUCUACCUGGUCAGCUUCCUGGGCAGCCUGGCAGUGUUGCCUGGCAACAUCAUCUCGGCGCUCUUCAUGGAUAAGAUAGGAAGGAUCAAAAUCAUAGGCGGCUCCAUGCUGGGCUCGGCGGCCUGCAGCUUCCUGCUGCUGCUGAGCUUCAGCCAGGGGGCGGUGAUCUGCUGGCAGUGCCUCUUCUACGCCGUCAGCGUGGCCGCCUGGAACGGCCUGCAGGUCAUCUCCGUGGAGGUCUACCCCACCGCCAAACGAGCGACGGCGUUCGGCAUCCUGAACGCCGUGUGCAAGUUUGCCGCCAUCAUCGGCAGCUUCAUCUUCGCCUCCUUCAUCGGCAUCACCAGGAUCGUCCCAAUCUUCCUGGCCAUCGCCGCGCUGGUGUGUGGCGGCCUGCUGGCGCUCAAGCUGCCCGAGACGCGCGAGAAGGUGCUGUCCUAAACCGCCAAAGCCCCGCCGGGAGGCCUGCCCCCCCCGCCACCUCCGUCUCACCACCCCCACUCACACCACACACCCAGCCCCAUAUGAAGGCUGAUUUACACAUGUAUGUGUGUGUGUGCGUGUGUGUGUGUGUGUGCGCGGGGGGGUCAAAAGAGAUACAGUGGAUGUGGAGUGGAUGGGGUAGUCAUGGUGAUUUGAUCUGUCCAGUAUCCACUCUCAUCCGACUCUGCGAUGACAUGAGUUUUAUCAAACCACUGUUCAGACCCAUGCUCAAAUACACUAACACACACACACGCACGCACGCACGCACACACACACACACACACACACACACACACACACACACACACACACACACACACACACACACACACACACACACACACACACACACACACACACACACACACACACACGUAGCUAGUGACUUCCUGAUGUCUGAGGCCUGUGUAGGAGGAAGGUUCAAUAUGAAGGUCUAAAGAAGAGCUUAAAAAGGGUCAAGUAGUUUCUGUUGUGGUGCAUUAGUGUUUGAUGAGGAGGAGGCUGUUCCAUCCUCUUCAUCCUUGUCCAGACAUAGCCUCUCUGUGUUUUUUAACACAGCUGAUGGACUGAUGGAUAUAUUGAUCUAUUGAUCUGUACUGUGACAUCUCUGUCAGAAUCCAUGAUUGAUCCUCAAUUAUGUGUUUCCCUUCUCACCUUCUCCUCUCACCUGCUAGCGUCUCUAUCUCAACAAUGUUCCCUAGAACCUCCUCCUUCUGCUCCCCUCCUCCUCCUCCUCCUCCUCCUCCUUUUCCUGCCCCAUCUCCUCUCCUCCUAAUUGUUCUCCUUUUCCUCCUCCUCUUUCUGCUCCUCAUCCUCCUCCUUCUUCUCCUCCUCGUCCUCCUCCUUCUCCUCCUCCUCCUCCUCCCCUUAUCUGAACAUGCUGUGACAAAAUGUACCAACACUAAUUUGUUCCGUUCGUGUGUUCAUGACCUUCUUGCUGUAUGUGUGUAUUAUGAUGUUUUUUUGAACGAUGUCUAUGUUUGAGAUUAGAUAUUUUGAUAUUUUGCUCUCUUUUUGACGUUGUGGUGAGGAGCAGUGCUCGCGGCCUUAGCUGCUACGCUGCUUUUCUUACAACAUAGAUCCACAUUUCUAAGGAGCAUGUUACUUUCUGCGCUGACCAGCCUGUGUGUGUGUGUGUGUGUGCGUGUGAGUAUGUGUGUGUGCGCGUGCGCGUGUGUUUAUGUGCGUGUUUGUGAGAGAGAGAGAGACAGCGAACAACAGUGUAUGUAUGUGUUAAUGUGCUCAUGUUUUUGUGUGUGUGUGUGUGUGUGCGUGAAAGACAGACAGUGAGCAAGAGUGUGUGAAUGCAUUAAUGUAUGUGUGUGUGUGUGUGUGUGUGUGUGUGUGUGUGUGUGUGUGUGCGUGUGUGUGUGUGUGUGCGCGCUUCGCGGCUGUUAUCUAUUGUCUGUGAACAUAGCCCCGUAGCGUUUACAGUGUAUUUUCGUGUGUUGCUGUCGAGACGUAGCGGCGUAUGUUUGUGUGUGUUAGCUCAACGUAUCUCAUAAGACUCUUCAGCCCUGUUGAUGGGAGGGGAUGUAGGACCACGGUGGUCUUUCCAACACAAGCGAACCGUUUCAAAAUAAAAGCCCCAAAGAACACUGAUGGAGAAUAUCUGGUCUUCCCUGCCACUUAAGUUAGCGAGGUUCCGCUCUUCACCACGUUGGAGAACACUUCCACUCUGUUUUGUUUUGUGAUGUCGAUAAAAUUUGAAAUAAACAUGUGAAUGUA